AUGCCGGUGAUCAUCGUUAGCAGACCCGAAGAGCAGCAGCCGACUCGCGGACGCAAUUUAUCGACCUCAUUCGAGCUUAAGCCCAUCGAUUUUCCUCCUUUGUCUACUAGGGUACUCUCUCCAAAGUAUUACAGUGCUGCUGAGCCGGCCCAGUCGUGGUCAGGUAUUAUACGACAUGGCUUGAGACCACAGCCCAGCUUUGCGCGCUUCCUGGAUCUACCAAAAGAGAUCCGCUUUCCCAAUUGGACCCUGGCAUUCCCUUUUAUCGUUCAGGUUGCGGUGCGAGACGCCGUCAAGCGCGGAGACGACCCAAGGAAACCCAGAUUCUUGCCCGUUUUGUGCUUCACCUCGAAAAAAACGUUCGAGGAAACAGUAGUGAGCUUCAUCAUUGCCUCCAAGAUCCUUGUCUGUUCGUAUAACGACAACUUGUUCUUGCGCGCUUUCCUCAAGGCAGAAAACGGACGCUUCGAACAGGUCCGUCAACUAGACUUCGAAUUCUUCUCUAGAUACGAAGGCAACACUACCGAGAAUGCCGACCUUGAGCUAGCAGUCCAGUGUACCGGACUGCGUAUCAUCAAGCUUGGCUUCCAUAAGGAAGAGCUCACAUACUAUCGUCUGGUCGAUGACUCGGAUCUGUUGCUGCAAUGUUCGACCCAACCAUACGAAGCGACCGACCUCUUCUCCAAGUACAAGCUUGAGCGGCUACUAGAUUGUGACAUGCUCGAGACUAUCAUCAUUGAGCAUUCCGGAUACUUCUCACUGUCGGCAGAGGCGGUCGCAGCGGAACUGGGCGCGAUGUUGAGAGGAAAGUUCGCAGCUAAGGUAUCGAAACAGGCCAUCGAGGUAGUGUAUACUCGGAAGGGAAGGCGGACUCGACAGAUGUACGACUGGUAA